CCUCCUCUCUCUCUCCACCCCUCCCUCCCUCCCUCCGCCUCCGCCGCCGCCGCCGCCGCCGCCGCGCCGCCUCGGCCGUGCCUCCUCCGGCGAAGCAAUGCUGCCCUACCGGACGACCGCGGAGGCCGAGGCGGCGCUCGGCCGGGGCCUCACGUACGCCGAGUCGCUCUGGUUCGACUACUCCGCCGCCAAGUCCGAUUACUUCCUCUACGGCCACAACCUCCUCUUCCUCUUCCUCGUCUUCACCCUCGCCCCGCUCCCCACCGUGCUCCUCGACCUCGCCCGCCCCGCCGCCGCCGACCGCUUCAAGAUCCAGCCCAAGGUCCGCCUCUCCCCCGCCGAGAUCCUCAAGUGCUACAAGGACGUCAUGAAGAUGUUCUUCCUCGUCGUCGCCCCUUUGCAGCUCGUCUCGUACCCGGCCGUCAAGAUGGUUGGGAUCACGACGGGAUUGCCAUUGCCAUCAUUGUGGGAGAUUCUGGCGCAGCUCCUGGUCUAUUUCUUGAUUGAAGACUACACCAACUACUGGUUGCACAGAUUGUUGCACUGCAAAUGGGGGUAUGAAAAGAUCCACAGCGUUCACCACGAGUACAGCGCUCCGAUCGGUUUUGCGGCGCCAUACGCGCACUGGGCUGAGGUUCUAAUCCUGGGGAUUCCUUCUUUUCUUGGGCCUGCGAUUGUUCCUGGGCACAUGAUCACGUUGUGGUUGUGGAUUGCUUUGCGGCAGAUUGAGGCCAUCGAUACUCACAGCGGGUACGAAUUGCCUUGGAGUCUUACGAAGUACAUUCCAUUCUAUGGUGGCGCAGAAUAUCAUGAUUACCAUCACUAUGUGGGCGGUUUAAGUCACAGCAACUUUGCUUCAGUGUUUACCUAUUGUGACUUCAUUUAUGGAAGUGAUAAGGGCUAUCGGUAUCAGAAGAAACUCCUCGCGAAGAUGGAGGAAUUGAGAAGUGGCGAUUCUACUCGAGAUCUUAAAGCUGAAUAGCUUAGAGGAACCGCUGUAUUCGUUCUUUGGUGGUGGUCCCUUAUCGCGUUGACCGCUUAUCAUUUUCCCAAGACUACUGCAGUUGAGCCAGCAUCUCAUGCGAAUCCGGCUAUAAGUAGAGCCAAUCAUGGUUUAGGUGGUGAUUAACUUGGUCUGUGUCUUAAAAAAUGUGUUUAUUAUUGGGUAAGCUUCGAGAGGGGAUGCCAAACUAUCUGGGGACUGAAGAAGACUUGAGUUUCUGUCUGACAUUAAGGAACAGAAACGGUUUUCAUUAAGGGCAUCGUUGUUACUUCAGGCUCGGAAUUUUGGCCCUCGUGCACGCGAAUUCUGCUUCUCGUGAAUACACGAGGUUAUGCCCCCCCUUUCCUUUCCUGUCUUCCUCGAUGUACAGCCUCUAAAUAAAAAGACAAUCCCGUGUUUUGAUGA